UUCAGCAAGGCGAGUUUGGAUGGAGGAGAAGUGAACGGGCGACCUUGGAUGGUGAAGAAGUGAGCGGCUCUCUUUUGAAGUACAGAGUCUUUAAGAAAAUGACAGGAAGGGCAAGGGGAAGAUCUCGCGGUCGGGGGCGAGGUGGAGGAGAUGGGUCACGGCCCGGAGAUUGUGCUCAACGUGUGGCUCCUGAGCAAGUACCAGUGGUUGUUGGACGUGGGAGAUCCCGAGGUCCCCCAUCAGGCCAAAUAUCACAGCCACAGCGACCCGUUGCACCACCUACGGAGGCCAUGGCCGGGAUGAGUGUAAAAGAACAGAGACCUCCUGUGCAGAGUGUGUCGGGAGCAAGAGAACAGAGACCACGGUUAUCAAGAGAUGUAGACGACAAUGUUGUUACAAAGCCAGCCCACCUUAUUGACAAAAUGGGAAACACCGGAUCAGGCAUAGAUUUGGUGACCAACCACUUCAAACUAAAAACGAAAACAAAUUUCGGGGUUUACCAGUACACUGUCAGCUUUAAUCCUGAGGUAGAGGCAAAACGUGCUCGUGUUGCGAUGUUACGGAGCAAGAGUGAUCUACUUGGGCAAGUUCACGCCUUUGAUGGCAUGACUCUUUAUUUGCCAACUCGCCUUUCCGAAGUCGAAACAAGGUGUAAUAUUACUCGGCCACAAGGAGAUGUUGUUCAAAUGGCCAUCAAGUUUACAAAUGAAGUUCCCCCAGAUUCUCCAUCUAUGCUGCAGUUGUACAACAUAAUAUUUCGAAGGAUUCUAAAGAACAUUGGUAUGCAGCAAGUUGGGCGGAAUUAUUACAACACCUCACAGCCAAUUGUAAUUCAAAAGUUUGGGUUGGAACUGUGGCCUGGUUAUUCAACCUCAAUCUUGCCAUAUGAGACCGACUUUCUAUUGUCAGCAGAUGUCUCUCAUAAAGUGCUAAGAACAACAACUGUUUUAGAGUAUCUUUAUGAGCUCUAUGAGCGCUAUGAGCGCACGGGUCGAAAAGGUGAUUUCCAUGGAGAAGCCACAAAGAAGCUUGUAGGCCAGAUUGUUCUGACAAGGUACAACAAUAAGACAUAUCGCAUAGAUGACAUUAAUUGGGACCUAUUCCCAAGCAACACCUUCCAUGGAAGGUUUAAGGGGGAAGAGAGAGACAUCACCUACAAGGAAUAUUACCAAGAGACCUAUGGCAAGGAAAUUGGAGAUAUGGAACAACCACUCCUUGUUAGUCGACUAAAGAGAGAGCCUGGACAGAUGACCAGAAUCCCUAAUGGUGAACUUCUUCUGGUACCAGAAUUGUGCUUCUUAACAGGGCUUACUGAUGAGAUGCGUAAUGAUUUUGGUAUGAUGAAGGAUCUUGCAGUUCACACUCGUGUUGAUCCCAAGGCACGCAAUCAGUCCCUGAUGAGGUUUAUUAACUCAAUAAAGAGUAAUGCGGAUGCAUCAGCAGAAUUGUCAGGUUGGAAUUUAGAGUUUGAGGACAAGACCCUUCAGAUGUCAGGAAGAGUUCUUCCUCCAGAGAAGAUUUUCCAGAAGAAUAAGAGUUUUUCUUAUGAACCAAGGACUGCUGAAUGGUCAAGAGAAAUGAGGGGAAAUCCACUGCAAAGCACUGUAAAUCUGAACAACUGGACUCUUAUUUACACCAAUAGAGACAGUGGUAAUGCAAAAGAUUUUGCACAAACUUUGAGCAGGGUUUGCGGCCCUAUGGGUAUCCAAGUCUCAAAACCUUACGAGUUUGAGCUCAAUAAUGACAGAACUGAAAGUUACUUGCAUGCCAUUAACGAAAGAUACUGCAGUUCACUUCAGAUGGUAGUUGCUGUUUUGACAACAACCCGCAAAGAUCGCUACGAUGCCAUAAAGAAGUGUUGUUGUUUGGAAAAACCAGUUCCAUCUCAGGUCAUUGUCAGCCGAACCAUCUCGAAGAAGCAGAUGCUAAUGAGUGUAUGCACCAAAAUUGGCAUCCAGCUAAACUGUAAACUUGGCGGUGAAGCAUGGGCCGUGGAAAUUCCUUUGAAGAAGACUAUGGUGAUAGGAAUUGACACUUACCAUGACAGUUUGCAAAAAGGCCGCUCUGUUGGUGGAUUCGUUGCAAGUACAAACCCAACCCUCACAAAGUAUUAUUCAAGGGUGACUUUCCAACAUACGGGAAUGGAGCUAAUUGAUGGUCUGAAGACUUCUAUGACUGCGGCUCUCAAGAAAUAUGGGGAAUUGAAUGGUGUCUUGCCAGAUAGAAUUAUCGUCUACCGUGAUGGUGUUGGCGAUGGCCAGUUGAAAACUGUUGUGGGUCAUGAAGUUCCACAGCUGAAAGCUUCCUUCCAGGAUCUAGCAUCGGGAUACGCACCGAAAUUUGCAGUAGUCAUAGUGAAGAAGAGGAUCAGUGCCAGAAUCUUCCACAAAACUAAUGGGGACGUCAAUCUGAGCAAUCCACCCCCUGGCACUGUUGUUGACUCGGUUAUCACAAAGAAGCAGUGGUAUGACUUUUUCUGUGUAAGUCAGUCAGUUCGUCAAGGAACAGUUUCACCCACCCAUUACAACGUGAUCGAAGACAGCGCUGGUCUGAUGCCAGAUCACUUCCAGCGGCUUACUUACAAGUUAACACAUCUGUACUAUAACUGGCCGGGUACCGUACGCGUACCAGCUCCUUGCCAGUACGCCCAUAAGUUGGCUUUCCUGGUUGGACAAUCACUUCACAAGGAACCCAGUAGUGAACUCGCUGACAAGCUGUUUUUCCUUUAAUGGAAGAUGUCUGCAGUGCAAAAGUGUUUACUUCGUUUCUGUUGUUGUUGUUGUUGUUGUUUUUUUUUUUUCAUCUAAUCACCGUUAGUCCUAAGAAAGGACAAGAUGAAAGUUGUUGCGUUUCGUUUGGAGGUUGAUUGAAUAUCGUUGAUAUAAACGGAGGAAAAUUUUUCAUUAUAGCACAGAAAGACUUUUUCUCUUUCAUUGAAGAUUACUACAUCACUCUUUUGCGAAUAAGCGUAUUUCAAAUGUUUCUAUUUUCACAGAAAAACUAUUAAAUUGUUGUUUUAAAUGUU